AUGGAGAAGCAUAUCAACCUGCAGACAUUCGACGAUGAUGUACCUCGAGCUAGGGGCACAGGCUCGCUGUCUGAGACGAAGGGAAAGCAAGAGUUUGACCGUGACAGGUAUGAGUUGGCCAGGGCGGGAAAGCAGCAGGUGUUGAAGCGUCGCUUCGGACUGGUGAGUAUGACUGGUCUGUCGUGUGGUUUGAUGUGUACAUGGGAAAGUUUGCUCGUUAUUUUCUUAAUCGGUUUCCAGAAUGGCGGACCAGCGGGUCUCAUCUACGGGUUCUUGCUCAUUUGGUUCGGUAACUUCUCGGUUUUCAUAUGCAUUGGGGAGCUUGCAAGCGCUGUUCCAACCGCUGGAGGUCAGUAUCACUGGGUAUCACUCCUGGCGCCUCGGUCCAACAAACGAUUCUUCAGCUACUUGACUGGUUGGCUCACUGUGAUCGGCUGGAUCGCAGCUCUCACUUCCGUGUGCUUUUUCGUCGCCGAUUUGAUCUUGCAACUUGUCAGUCUGAACGACACUGAUAAGAGCUUCGUAAGACAUGGCUGGCAUGGAACACUGCUUCUGUGGACUACACUGCUGAUGUGCGUUUUCAUCAACAUCUUCAUCAGCGGAGCGCUGCCAGCUAUCGAAGUCUGCGUACUAGUUCUGCACGUACUGGGAUUCUUCGGAAUUUUGGUACCCCUGAUCUACCUCACACCCACUCACAACACUGCUAAAGAGGUUUUCACAAAAUUCCACAAUGGCGGGCAAUGGAACAAUCAAGCCUUGGCUUUCUUUGUUGGUCUGCAGGGAAACGCUUUGGCGUUUGUCGGGACGGACUCGGUCGUUCAUAUGUCUGAAGAAGUCAGGAACGCCAGUACAGAUGUUCCGCGUUCAAUGCUUCUUAGUCUCGCAAUCAACGGCACGCUCGCACUAGCAAUGCUCCUUGCAGUAUUGUUCAGUGCGGACAACAUUCAAGACCUACUCGACGACGUUGCCUCCCCAACUUCUCCGUUCAUCCGGAUCUUCCAACAAUCUGUUGGCUCAGUAGGUGGUGCGACAGUCCUAGUCAGUAUCAUCAUUGCCCUGGAAUUCUGUAGUGCGAUGGGUUGCUUAGCUGCCGCUUCUCGUAUGACCUGGUCGUUUGCUCGAGACCGAGGCUUGCCCUUUUCGCGUGCCCUCAGCAUGAUUGACAAGCGCACUACUAUCCCUGUAGUCGCGAUUCUCGUGGUGACUGUAUUUUCAGCACUGCUCGCACUCAUCAACAUCGGCAAUAGCGCCGCGUUCAACGGAACGAUCUCGCUGGUGCUAGAAGGCUUCUAUCUAUCUUAUCUCUUUGCCCUUAGCCUGCUCCUCUGGAGACGUCUCCGCGGCGACCUGGACAAUCCUACUUCGUCGUUGACAGUCUUUGACUCGACGACGCACAUCGACGAAUCCCAUGACCGUAACCUAACCUGGGGUCCGUGGAGACUGAAAGGAACACUUGGCGCCGCCAACAACAUCAUCGCCAUCUGCUACCUGCUCGUCAUCAUCUUCUUCAGCUUCUGGCCGAGUCAAAUGAAUCCUGAUGUAGGCCACAUGAAUUGGGCCGUUGUGGUGACAGGGUCCGUCGCCAUCUUCAGCGUUGUUUACUAUUUCGUCUUCGCGAAGAAGUCAUAUACGGGGCCUGUUGUCGAAGUGGACCCACACGUUCUAUGA